AUGGCCGAGGAGAUGGAUCUGGAGCAGGCCACAGAAGCACGGCAGCAGCUACAGGAGGUGCUCGGAACAGCGGCACCCUCGAGCUUUGGUGGGGAGGAGGAGAAGGAGCCGGAGAAUAAGCCCAAGUACCAGAAGCCCCAGCACCAAGGGGGUGGGAAGGGCUGGAAAGCCAACUCGGCCAAUCCAAGCCGGAGCUGGUGGAGCGACAGUCCCGCGGCCAAGACGGAUGGCAAGCUGCCAGACGUGGCGACGCAGCAUAUCCUGAAGACUUUGGUCAAGAUGGUGACCAGGCACGAGGAAGAGCUGGCCCGGAUCCGCAUCGACACGAACUUCAUGCUGUUCGUGGAUGUCAUCCCACACGGGGUCUACGAGCUCCCGAAGUUGACGGCAGAAAAGUGGCACGAGAAGUUCACGGCCAAGAAGGUCACGAUGAGCCUCCGCGUCAUCUUGCUGUUGGCGCUGUUGGGGGAGAUUCAACAGCGCAUGGAGCAGACGGUGGACUCGGAGGAGCAGCUGGAACGCUGCAUGUCCAUUGGGUGGAUGGGGGAAGGAGCUACGAAGCUGAAUUCGGAGCACUGCGAGACACCCCCGCUCACACACACAGCGGCGCUCACCCACGUGCAGACGCUCCAAGACAUGAUCGCCAUAGCGACUGUCCUGACGAGGUUUCGGUGUCCGAUGUCGAAGGACCCGGGCCAGAAGCAGCCGCUGAUGAAGGAUCUGGAGCAGGCCUACUUGGGGGUCCCCUACACGGACUGGGCCCAGCACGAAACCAGCUGGAACCGCUCCUGCGCCUCCGACGAGAAGCCCGAGGAGGACAAGUAG